GAGAGGGAGCAGGAGCCAGAGUCGCGGACGGAAGGCGAGAGGAAGAGAGCGUGCAGUUGCAGUCGGCGACGAAGGGCAAUAAAGGGAGAGAGCGAGAGGGGAGCGAGAGAGAGAGAGAGAGAGCGCGAGAGAGAUAGGUGAAGAGAUUUAGAAGAGUAGCCGCUAUGGAGGUUCAGAGCGACUGCAGCGAGCCUCCUCCGUGCGAGCCUCAGCCAUCCGGGAAGAUCGGCAAAGCCGCCUUCAAGCUGUUCGGCAAGCGUAGGUCUGCCGGCAGCAUGCCGAGCAUCUUCACAGUCAAGAACAAAAGAGAGUCAGGGGGCACAGCCAGCAGCAAGCAGCCGGCCAGGAGCCGGACCCACGACGGCCUGGCGGCGGACGCGGCAGGCGAGCCACAGGGCUGCGGGAGGGGCGAGUCGUCCAGCAGCGGCGCGGCGGAGGGGAUCCCCACGGGAUCAGUGUGCAGUGCCAUCUCCAAGUCCUUCAGCUUUCUGUCCCUGCUGCGGAGGAACAGCGCCCGCUUCGGGGAGGGUACCGCCACGCUGGGGCAGCGCGGGCGUGGGCUAAAGGGGCUGUUUGGCAGCAUGCGCUGGCGCCGCAAGCCACCGCCGAGGGACGACUCCGCCGAUCUCCAGGAGGUGGCUAAGGAGGCGCGGGAAGACGAGCCGCUGCCGUCCAGGAGCUCUGACAGCGGGGAGUCCUCGAAGGGGGAGGUGGCACUCACACUGGAGCCCUCGCCUCGGACGUUCCAGGAGCGUCCCACCCUGGAAGGGAGCUGGAAGGAGGGCUCUUUGCAGGAGUCACUGGGGAGCGGAGGAGCAGGUGGGCAGAGCUCGCCUUCUCUGGUGAAGGAAGUUACCGAGGACUCUCCAGCUCCAUCCCUGCACGGGGUUCCGACGGAGGGCUGCCUCCUGACGUCUGCGCCGGCCGCCGUCGCCGCCCAGCCGCCGGAGCACGACCCGGCCGAGCCGCCGUCUGAGCCGUGCGUGGAGCGCCUCUGUUCCAUGUUCACCGAUGUCACCUCGCUGAAGAGCUUCGAUUCGCUGACAGGCUGCGGCGACAUCAUUGCAGAACCGGAAGAGGACUCGGGCAACGGGGCCAGCGCCACCAGCAGCGGCACGGGAAGCAGCAGCGGGGGCUGCGCGGGACGCAGGGUGAGUGGGGCCGCCGCUGAGCGGUGCUCCCCGGCCAAACCGCCCCUUCCCCCUCAGGUGGUGGGCCUGACCUCCAUCUCGCCCUACAUACCGUCCCACCACCGACCGUGUCUGUCCCCUAAAAAGCCUCAGGGCAGUGGGAUAGUUGCCUACAUGGGUGGGGGAGAGGAGAUGGCCAGUCCGGAAGGUGUGGAUGAUGCAGACAUGCAAGGGCUUUGGCACAUGCUCCCCCAGAAGGGCGAGGACUCUCCCAGCCUGGCUCGGCAGGACAGGAGGACUCCCCAGGUGAAGGGGCUGGGGCUUAGUAAGAUCCCCGUGUGUGGAAGCAGCAAGGCAGGGAAGCAGCUGCCUGCUCGCCCCUCUCCCCCACCCAUCGACAAAGAGCUCCAGGACGCCCCACCCAGCGACGAGGGCUACUGGGACUCGCCCACUCCCGGACCAGAGGACGAGGACAGCGGCUUCGUGCGGCGGGACGGCCUGCCGAGGGACAGCUGUUCCGGGGACGCGCUUUACGACCUCUACGACCUGGACAGCCCCGGCGCCGUCGGCUCAGACGACGAUGACCUGAGCUCUCUGACGCCUUCCACGGGUGACCUGAGAAUGAGCCCGCCUGCGCGGAACCCUUCGUCCUCCUCCUCUUCUUCAUUCCGCUCCAUAAAGGGCAGCACCAGUCUCCCUCGAGACUCAAAGAUUCCCAUCAGUGUGAGGCAGACGCCGCCAUCCCACUCCUCCAGCCAGGGAGCACUGUCCACCCCUGUGAGCCCCACCUCACACAAGCUUGCCACAAAGACCGGUGCUCCAGCUCGCACACGAAUCCCCAUCUCCAAGGUCCCUGUCCGUCGCUCAGGCAACAAAAACAUCAACGCGAAGUGAAACAGGAAGUGAAAUUCGAGGCCACCAAUAAAAUGCUUUAGAUAAUAUAGACCCAUCACUGAAAGCUUUAGGCCAAAAUGAGCAUUUUUGAUUUCACUGACAAUUUUGACUUCAGUGGGUCACAAAGUCCUGUAGGACGCUGCACCUUUAUGGAGAUCCCUGUUUCUUUUUGUAUCGUUACAACUAAUAUCUUGUAAUAUGUCAUAUAUGACAUGUAAUUUAAUUAGCACAUAUUUAGGAGGCCCUGCUGUAUGUAACGUUUUGAAUCUUUAAGAAUCUAAGAUCUUUUGAUUUCUAUACCAUGCCUGCCAAGUCGCGAAAGGAUUAAAUGUUUUCACCUUGCAACAUAUGCAGGAUACAGAAGCACUGAAUCUAAGAAUCUUCCUCAUUAAAAGACUCUCAUCUGGACACAGUUCCCCAGAGGACCUCUUCCUGGUCAAAUCAGCGACCAGUUGAGCCUUUGCCUCUGACACACUAAAAACAAACAAAAAAACAAAAACCCACCCCUGUGCACUCUGGGAAACAUCAUCUCUCUGGGAUUUACAAAACAACAACAAAAAAUUGGAAACCUGAACUGGGCUUUGUGUGGGUCUUCAUUCCUCAGGCAGGAUCAGGGAACUCAAUAUUUGUCUGAGACACUUUUCUUACUGCUUGAUGUGACGUCUUGCAAGAAACAAAUUAUUUCCCGAGGAACAAAGUUUUUUAUACUGAGCUCCUCCUCGAAGUUUUCUUCCUCUUUUUUAAGAAGACAAGCCUCACUGUGGAUAUGUGCACUGCUAGUUGACAUUUCUGUGGGGGGGGGGAAAAAACCCUGCAAAAAAACUAAACAACCCCAACAAUAAGAAAGUAAGCAAAAAGAAAAAAUAAAUCAGGGUGAGGAAUGGUCCCGUUUCAAGCACCUUCCACAGCCCCCAGGGGUCCCGACCGCCCUGGAUACGUGAAUGCAGCGCGGCAUCUUUCUACACGUACAUGGGUCCAGGUGCCCUGACCGACCGGCGCCGGGGAAGCCGGUCUGGGAUAAAAGUCAACUGUCUUCCACUCCACAGCCGUCCCAGGCUCCUGGACAAGUCCUACUUUUGUACUUUUUAGGGGUGAUUUGGUGUGUGUGUGUGUGUGUGUGUGUGUGUGUGUGUGUGUGUGUGUGUGCGUGUGUGUUUCUGAAAUGUGUUUCACUGCUCGGUCUCAAUUAUAUGAUGUAAAUUUUUUCUGCCUGUUUUCUUUUUUUUUUUUUUGCCUUUUUCAUUCAUUUCUCAAUAAAACCACGCUGUGUGAACACUGA